AUGGUUGAUUUAACGCCUAUAGCCAAGUACCGAGCGCCCGAUUUCACCAACGAACAUGAGAUUGGGGUUGGUGAUGGGCCUCAUACCACAGACGGAAAAACCACCCAGAUUUCAGACGUCGUUAUCAAGGCUGGAGGUCAAGAUCGAGAUAGACCUACAGAGGCUUCUAACAGCUCUUUAGGACAGUUGAGAGCUAAAUUAACCAGUUUACAGGACAACAUCAACAUAUUCUUGACGGAGCGCAUGAAGUAUGCCAAAGAACAGGACUCCAAGGAUAUCGAAAGACGGAUUUUGGAUGAUGGAGUAGAUGAAGAUGAAAGUGACUAA